AUGCCGGUGUAUCUCCAAUAUCAAUCAGGAUCAAACCCGUACGGGGUCACGCCACUCACGUAUCCGUCGCCCAAGCUGUACCAAGGCUACGAUAUUUCGGUAACCCUUUCCAUGCCACGGUCACCUGCGAACACGGAACGGGGAAACUUCAUGGUGUCUCUGUAUUUGGUGAAAGACUUGGCCAAGGACUACAAAUCUGACUCGAGCGGUCGAAAUGCCAUGGAUGGGCGACACUAUCUCGAGGCCAAAAAGGUGCUUUUCAAGGCCCGUCGGCCCGCACUGAUGCCGCACGAAGAUGUCAUUCUUUCAGUGGCCAGGCGUGUGCUCUUCAUGGGUUACUAUCUUCUCUUUCCGCGCUCGCAGGCUCGCAGUCUCACGGUUGAGCUUGCUCAACGAGUCAGCUUUGACGGCAGGGCGAUGCAGCCAACAGCUGCGUUUGUGGAGAUUGAAGCCGGACAGGAUAUCCAAAUUUACAGCACCUCGCUAACCUUGGCGGCGCAACUACGGGGACUACGAUGGCUGAUGUUUCAUUACCGGCUGGUCACGUACAUGGCAUUCACAUUCUUGUUUUGGGUGUGCGAGAUUCUUUUCAUGUGUGUGGCGUGGGUCGUAUGGGACGCAACCAGGGUGAGCAAGAGUGGGAAGAACAAGGUCGACGGAUCCACAGACGACGAUGCAGACGAGGACACUGACCGCGCCGCGGGCCUUGCAGGCCCUGCAGGACGCCCAGUGGUAAAGAGAGAGCCUGAAGUAAAGAGGGAGGAGGAAGACGAGGAGCCAGAACAAUCAUUGUCCGAUAUACCAAUGGGCGAGGCGGAGGCGGAGGCGGCGGCGGAGGCGGAUGAUGAAGACGACAUUGACGACGGAAAUGUUGGCGGCGGCGGAAGUAGGAGCGAUUCGGGAAUUGGGACGAGCUACAAGGAGGAAGGCAGUGAGCGCGUCGUUCGACGACGAGCUUCUCGAAGUCCUUUGGAAUGA